AUGCGAUCGAGUAGCCAUGGUUCGACAGAUGCAAGAUUGGCGAACAGCAACAAGUGUUUGCUGACCUUCUCAAAACUAAGAGACGACCUGAAACCACCCAAAGAGGAUGUCGUCGCAAUUGACCAAAUCCUCUUGUAUACCGAGCAACUGAUCAUUGACGCUAUCAGGUUCAGUUCCAGGAUCUUCGUCACUAUUGGCACCCAGAAGGGCCUGUUGCCGCUCGGCUUCCGUGUCUCCAUCUCACAAUCCUACCAGUAUGUUCGAGGCGCAAAUCUCAAGGACGUUAGUCGAUCAGCUGCGCUUAUGGACGGAAUUCAACUGCUAAAGGUUUUGGUGUUCUGUCAACCAGUCAUCCUGCGCCGCCUCAACUAUCUUGAGUUGGAACCUUUGAGUGCAGGUUUGUACAAGUUUCUACUGGGCACGCUGGAAUAUGUGCAUAGUGUGACUUAUGCCACUAUAAGAAGACACGGUGUGAUCGUAGAGACCCAUGUGGAAGCUGCGCGGGGGCUGGGAUACAAUGUCACCGCAAUCGUUCCAGAGUUUCUUCAGGUGAUCGAAGGAAGGCUGAAGAGUAGUGCCCGGUUUGACGCCAUGAUGGUAAGAAUGUCACGCUUCGAGGAAUCCAUUCGACAAAGCGUAGGCCUCACCGCACCACCUUCAACAACAAGCUCAGAAGGGAAUGAUCGUCUCGUGCACUCUGUGCCAGAAGACCCUCCAGUUGCACGCCGCGCUAAGCGGCAGCGUGAAGCAGCCACCGACGGCGGUGUAGAUGGUGAAUAUCGUCCACAGCACAACAGAAGCCCAGCGGCGAGUAUCUCAGUUGUACCCGCACCGCGGGCGCAAAACGCACCGCAAAGCCGCAUGGGACUGCCUGACGAGGGUCCAAGUCCCGAAGACAGAGCCCUGGGCGCGACUGACCUUCGGCGCUAUCUGCAGCCGACACCUCAAAGCAGUUUAUAUAUGGGUGCUGAGCGGCGCAGCAUUCUGGAGGCUGCUAUCCAGAUGGCCCAAAACGCAGCGCUUUUGGAACCGAGUUCCGAUACAGUCCAAACCGACCCCGCCUGGACGCCCAACUUUUAUGAGUCGUCAAUGUGCCCCACGGCUGAAUUUAUGCACCUUGUACUCUCUGGAUAUUCCCAGAACAGCGCGAUCGAGUAUUACCUAGAUCUCAACAGGAAUGCUUCGAAAGAGGGGCUGGAGAAGAUGGUGUGCGCCUUGAUCGACUGUUCGGUACAUGGCCAGGAGCGUCUGUGCUACCUCAUUCUGGUGAAUUAUGUGGCCUACUCAUUUAUAACGGCCUUAAAUCUGGACAAUACAAGCGACCCCAUGAAACAGCACCUCAGAUUGUCAAAAGCCCGGUAUCGACAAAACAUUACAAGGGCCCUGAAACACUUGGACAUUCAAAUUCGCCCGGAUCCAUUAUUGCUCCAGGCGCUAAUAUCAGGCGCGAUGCUGAUGCAAGACGUUGGUGACAUGAGGCGAGGUUGGCAGCUCAAUACCGUCGCUUGUCGUGUAUAUGCUGCAGUGAGCAGAAGCAGUGAUGGGGUAUUGGGACAUGACCCCGAAUUACCCCUGGUCAUGAUUAAAUGCUUCAUUUUCGACAAGGCUUUGUCGGCCAACAUGUACCAACCGGCGUGCUUACCGAGCGUCGAGCUUGAUAGUUCCAUUCUCAAUCCUUCUCAGAAGCCCAGCCAUGCUAUACUCUUCAUAUUACUCGAGUAUGCCAAAGUUCAAGAGAUCAUUAUAUUCGAAACCAGGAUUGCGCGUGAUGAGAAGUUGAUCAGACCGGAAAAUCUCUUACAAGCGCAAAAUAGAAUGAGAGAGAUUAGGUUGGAAGCGCAGCAGAGGAGAUCUCGAAUGGUAUCCUUUGGGGAUGACUACCUCGAAUCCGAAUUCCUGGGUGUCGAAUUUGUCUUCCACUCGACAAUGACUUCGCUGACCAAAUUAAGCACGAGAAGUGACGACGAUGUCCACACUUACAAUGAAUGUCUCCAGCACGCACGGAAUGCAUUGUCUACAUUGAAAAGGUUGCUACAGCUUACACUACGGCAAUCUAGCUGUCAAGGCCUCUACAUCAAUUCUCUUUCUUGGAUUGUGCCCUUGUUCACCUUGAGGCCUCUAUACCAUUUAUUCAGCAAUCUGGUUGCCACUUCCAACGCACUUGACCUUAAGCUGAUACAAGACGUGGGCAAGGACCUCGCCGCUCUUCCGAAAGAGCUCGGUCCGAUUCAGGCGGUUGGUCAGCUGUGCAUCUCUUUCGAUAAAUUGUACACGGAAUUUUCCGAAAAAAUAAUGUCCUUGCGCACACUUCACUCUGAAGAGCCUAGUCAACGAAAUCAGCCGGCUUUUGCAACAAAUUCCCAUUUCAACAACCAGUCUCAAUCGCUUGCUCCGGGUCAUCGCAGCACAGCCCCUACACAGACCCUUAUAAAUAAUCAGACCACAGGAAACGAGAGCGGAGUCAACCAAUUUGGCCAAAUACUGGCGCCCUCGGCUACACCAGUCAUGAAUACAGUCCUAGAUCAUCCUCGCCUAGCCAUGGACCUUGACUGGGAAUUAUUCUCUGUCCAGCCCUCGCUGGACUUUCCGGACCUCGAUUUGGGCAUAUAA